UGCAGUUGGCCUGCGAAUCCAGCCGGGUUAAGACGUACUAUUUUACAGCGAUUUGACUGUCUUCCGUAUCAUUAAAGUGAUUCUUUUUAUUUUUGCACGAUCUUUAUAUAUUUUUCAAUUACCAAAAUGUUGAAAGGAAUGGUUGCUCUUGUCACUGGUGGUGCUUCUGGAUUAGGAUUAGGAACUGUGCAGAGAUUUGUGAGAGAAGGUGCCAAAGUGGUUAUUGCUGAUUUACCCACAUCAAAAGGAAAUGAAGUUGCUACAACCCUAGGAGAUUCUGCUGUCUUUUCACCUAUGGAUGUAACAUCGGAAGGGGAUGUAAAUGCUACAGUACAAUUAAUAGAUAAACAAUUCAAAAAGCUAAAUAUUGUAGUAAAUGCUGCAGGAAUAGCUUGUGCAUAUAAGGUAUAUAAUUCUAACACAAAGUUACCACACAAAUUAGAAGAUUUUCAGAGGGUGAUCAAUGUAAAUGCCGGCGGGACGUUUAACGUUAUUAGAUUAUGCCUGCCGCUUAUGCAUAAUAACAAACCAGAUGAAGAUGGACAACGUGGGGUAAUAAUUAAUACCGCAAGUGUUGCAGCUUUCGAUGGGCAAAUAGGUCAGACAGCAUAUUCCGCUAGCAAAGGUGCAAUUGUCGGUAUGACUUUACCGCUAGCUCGUGAUUUAUCAAAACUUGGUGUUCGUGUCGUUACGAUUGCACCAGGGUUAUUCGAUACGCCUCUACUAGGUUCAUUACCAGAAAAGGUACGGGUAUUUCUAAUGAAAACUGUACCGUUUCCAAGUAGAUUGGGUAAACCGGACGAAUAUGCUCAAUUGGCGCAACACAUUGUUGAAAAUCGUCUCCUGAAUGGAGAAGUGAUAAGGUUGGAUGGUGCUCUCAGGAUGCAGCCUUAAAUUUAUGUGAUUAUGUAUACCAUUUAUACGAAUAUGGAAUUGGUUAAGGGAUUUAUAGCAUAUGGAUUUUUAAAAUAAAAAUUAUAUAUAAAAAGA